AUGGGUAGAAAGCAGCAGCAGUACACCAUGAAUGUUGAGCAGAGUUCGGGGGAGCAGCUAUUAAGAAAUCCGUACUGUUCAACUGAAGGAACACACUGUGGCUGUAGAUCACACCAUGUGACUUGUGAGCUGCAUCCGGUUCCAGAAAACCCGUGUUCACUCUGGAAAAUAUUUCUGAUGUGUCUGUUGGCUUGUCUAGUUGCCACAGCUAUUACAGCUCUGGCCUUUUAUUUUGGCCCCUUUGGCAACCCCAACAAUACCACCAUCGUCAUUCACACAGAUGGAGGGUCCCGUCAGGAUCCCUGCACCUCUGCUCCUACACCGUCUCUGACCUCAACACCUCCACCUAGACCUGAGACCACUCCAUCUUCUAAUCUAACUACUCCGGGUUCACCUACCAGCCCACCCACACCUACUACAGUGAUGACUAAUACCACCAUAGAACAUGAAGUUGACAUUGAAUAUGGUAUUGCAGUGUGA